GGCGUUAUUACUUCAGUGCUCCUUCGGCCAUACACCGCGGCACACUCUCUCGUCGAUCAAACGAAUCUCUUUCUUUUCUUCUUUCUCUCCUUUAAACUUUCACUAUCUUUACCGUGUCACGAACCUUGCGUUUCAUUAUCCUUCUAAUUUUACUUUCAUCCCUCCUCUGUACCACGUAUAUGUACCUCUAACCUUGCUCGUACCGUGUUCGAUCCGCCCUCCCGUCGAGAUAAACAGAACGGGCCGAGUAAGCCUGAACGACAGGGAUAAUCAGGGUUCACGUCAGAACGAAGGACGAGUUCUCUCGAUCAGCAUCUCGAAGCAUCACGAGAGACCGUGUCGCGUGUAACCAGUUAAAAAAAAAAAAAGGAGAAAUAAAUAGAACACUGAGAGCAGCCAGAGAGGUGUCUUUGCGUGGCGCUCGACGAGAGAGAGACUACUAGCCAACGGAACCGAUCGAGGUUUUCCUUCGACUUCGGUUUCGCGUGCACGUGAUCGCACGUGUGGUUACGUACACGAGGAGUUGAUCGGAAAGGCGCUGCCGAGCCGGUAGCCGUGUUCGACGUAGACGCGUGAGCCCGAAGGAAAAGAGAAGGAGAGGAGACACACUCGUGUAGAGUCGCGCGACGUUAACGUUCGCGGUGUGUCUCUUUUUUCUGUACCGAACAGCUGAUCUGAAAACGUGAAAAUGUCUACAGAACCGGGUAGCUUCACCUCCAACGGGAGCAUGAUCGUCGUCAGCAACAGGUUGCCGUUCGUCUUGAAGAGGAACGAGGUGACCGGAAAAUUGGAACGCAAGGCCAGCGCCGGAGGUCUUGUAACCGCGGUUGCACCGGUGGUUAUAAGCGGAAAUGGAGUGUGGGUCGGAUGGCCGGGAAUGCACAUGGAUAAUCGAAACGAACCGAUUCCCGAAUCCGAUCCUAACGAUCGUACGCCAACGGCUGGUCUUCUAUCUCGUAAGGUUGUAGCGGUGCACGUCGAUCCUACUAUCUUCGAUUCGUACUACAAUGGAUGUUGCAACGGAACGUUUUGGCCAUUGUUCCAUUCUAUGCCCGAUCGAGCGACUUUCAUCGCUGAUCAUUGGCGUGCGUAUUCCACGGUUAACGAGGAAUUUGCUGCCAAAACGGUAGGAGCUUUGGAACAGAUCCAUAAGGAACAAGAAAAUCAAUCGAACGGCACACCUUUGGUCUGGGUACACGACUAUCAUUUAAUGUUAGCCGCGAACUGGAUUCGGCAAGCUGCGGAGGAGAAACGUCUUAAGUUAAAAUUGGGCUUCUUCCUUCAUAUCCCCUUCCCACCAUGGGAUAUAUUCAGACUCUUCCCAUGGGCUGAUGAGAUUCUUCAGGGUAUGCUCGGUUGCGACAUGGUCGGUUUCCACAUUCAGGACUAUUGUCUGAACUUUGUUGACUGUUGUCAAAGAAGUCUUGGCUGCAGAGUGGAUCGCAAGAAUCUGUUAGUGGAACACGGUGGUAGAACCGUGCGCGUAAGACCGCUUCCCAUUGGCAUUCCGUUCGACAGAUUCGUCUCGCUGGCCGAGACUGCCAACAAGGUCAUGUCGACUAAUCAAAAAAUAGUACUGGGUGUUGAUCGUCUCGAUUAUACGAAGGGCCUGGUUCACAGAUUAAAAGCGUUCGAGAUGUUGCUGGAGAAACACCCGGAGCAUCGUGAACAGGUCACCAUGCUUCAAAUUGCUGUACCGUCGCGAACUGAUGUGCGCGAGUAUCAGGAUCUGAAGCUGGAAAUGGAUCAAUUGAUCGGUCGCAUAAACGGUCGAUUCACGACGCCCAAUUGGUCACCAAUUCGUUACAUUUACGGUUGCGUGAGCCAGGACGAGCUGGCAGCGUUCUAUAGGGAUGCUGCGGUUGCUCUCGUUACACCCCUCAGGGAUGGAAUGAACUUAGUCGCUAAGGAGUUCGUCGCGUGUCAGAUUAACACGCCCCCAGGUGUUCUGAUAGUUUCUCCGUUCGCUGGAGCCGGAGAAAUGAUGCACGAAGCGUUGAUCUGUAAUCCGUAUGAAAUCGACGAAGCUGCUGAGGUCAUUCACAGAGCACUUACCAUGCCGGAAGACGAACGCACGUUGAGAAUGAAUCAUCUGAGACGUCGUGAAAGACUCUACGAUGUCAAUUACUGGAUGAAAUCCUUCCUGCAAGUAAUGGGAUCGCUCGAAGAACACGAUUCCGUGGGUGCUACCACGAUGCAACCUGUUACCAUGGACGAUUUUGACGAUUACCUGAGCAAGUACAUCGGCGAUAACCAUAAACUGGCCCUGCUGCUGGAUUACGAUGGUACCUUGGCACCCAUCGCAACGCAUCCGGAUCUUGCUAUCUUACCACUGGAGACAAAGAACGUUCUCCAGAGGUUGUCCAACAUGUCGGACGUGUACAUAGCAAUUAUAUCUGGUAGAAACGUGAACAACGUUAAGUCAAUGGUUGGUAUAGAAGGGAUCACGUACGCUGGAAACCAUGGACUAGAAAUUCUUCAUCCGGACGGUAGCAAAUUCGUUCAUCCAAUGCCAGCUGAACUGGAGGGCAAGGUGGCGAAUUUGAUGCAAGCGCUGCAAGAUCAGCUUUGCAGGGAUGGCGCCUGGGUGGAGAACAAGGGCGCGUUGUUGACGUUCCACUAUCGUGAAACACCAAUGGAAGGUCGUACCGAGAUGAUCGAGCAAGCGAAGAAAAUCAUCGAAAACGCGGGUUUCAAACCCUGUUCAGCGCAUUGCGCCAUUGAAGCGAAACCACCGGUUGAGUGGAACAAAGGUCGUGCUUCCAUUUACAUUCUCCGCACAGCGUUCGGUUUAGACUGGAGCGAACGUAUCAGGAUCAUCUAUGCUGGUGAUGAUGUCACGGAUGAAGACGCGAUGAAGGCGCUGAAAGGUAUGGCUGCUACCUUCCGCGUGGCGUCUUCGCACAUAAUCCGUACAUCGGCGGAACGACGUUUGCCAAGCACCGAUUCCGUGUUGACGAUGUUGAAAUGGGUGGAGAGGCAUUUGAGCAAACGCAAACCCCGUAACAACGCCGACAUCCCAUCGAGAUUCCGUCGCGGUAGCGCCGGAAUAACCAUGGAAAUGUCGUAUAUGCCAUCGAACGCAACGCUAGAAUCCUAGACUUAACGAUGUACUCGUAGAGUAAAAGCAUGUAAGCGAGAGGGAAGAAUAAGAAGAAACAAAAGGGAAUCUCGUGGUGAAUAGGUAAACAAAAUCGUCGUGUAAAAUUGUAUACCCAACACACACAGAUACGGCGGAAACAGUUAACGAUAAAGAAAACACACAAAAAAAAAAAAUAGUUCUUCGAUGAACUAUGCGUAUUUGAAAGCACCAUUUAAGUUUCGAGAAUAUAUCUUCGAUCUUCGAGUAUAAAUAAGGAUAAACCGGAUUAAUUCGAGUUGACUUUGAUAGAAAGAUACAAGCCAAACGGAAGAACUGAUCUUUUUUCAUGUGAAACUAAAAUCAUUCUUUAUCAGCUGUUCAACGUUUAAUAGAUGUAAUCUCCGGUAACCAGUUCAGUGGCUUUAGCCAACGCAGAAACACACUUAAAAAAGGAAAAAAAAACAAGAAAAAGAAU